UAAUGGCACCACCACUGGACUGUACUGACUAUGAUUUCUCACUUGGUGAGGAGGUGGCUUUUGGCCCCUGUACCCCGCAGCUGCAGAGCAGCACGCUGGUGCAGGUUUCCCCACAGAGCCUGGCUUCCCCUGAGCCGUGCUGGAGGAACCUGGCAGACCAGCACCAGAAAGCAUUGGGAGAUGCCCUGGAAGCAAACAGCCAGCUGCAGGAGACCCUCACACAGAGGCAGGAAGAGCUGGUGACACUGCGGGAGAGCAACGUGCAGCUGAAGGAACUGGCAAGUCAGGCCAGGCAGCUGGCUGCUGUCCUUGACACGCUGAUGCUCCCGCAAAGCGCCGACGGGACAAUCCUUCCUCCUCUUACUCCUCUUCAUCCUUUACCUCCUCCGCCCGCCGCCGCCGCCGCCGCCGCCGCCGCCCCGACCGGGACCGGCCCGGAGGAUGCGGAGGGCGUGGACGCUAUGCUGCGGGCCGUGUCGGAGAAGUGUCGCGCCGCCCUGCGAAGCCUGGGGGGCAGCUCCGGGGACAGAUCGGGGGACAGCCCCGGGGGCAGCCCGGGACACAGCCCGGGAGGCAGUCCCACAGCCAAGCGCCCAAAGCCGGGCCCGCGCCUGCACGGCUCCUUCCGCGGGCUGCGCACCGGCGGCGCCGCCCCGCGCCCGGCCGGCAGGGAGCUGGAGGGGGGCGGCAGCCUGCGGGCGGCGCUGGGGGAGGCGGGCGCCAUCCGCACCCUGGCCUUCCCACAGGGAAACGCCUUCACUCUCCGCACCGCCGCCGGCGGGCACCGCUUCCGAUGGGUGCCGCGCUGA